UAACAGGGACCAGAUCAUAUUACAAAAAGAUUUUGAUGCAAACUAUAGCUGGUUGCAGUGAUAUCACGUAGUCAGGUUUGUGGACAGCAGAAUUUGGAAAUAUGAACCUGUGUUUGGAGGCCCAUCAUGUCAAAUCCAUCAUGUUAAGGAUUAAUGCCAGCCGAGAAACCUGUGUCAGGUAACCGCUUAUAGCGUCACACCCAGCACCCAGUGUGUUUACCACCACUGAAAACUUCCCCAAUUUAAACUAAAUAAAACACAAUAAUGCAGUUAUUUCACUUUCGUUAUAUCAUAAAAUGUCUCUGCUUACUUGAACACCACUGUCACAUUUAACACACAUUACUUUUAGAUAUUUUUAAAGACAAAACGUGAGGAAAACUCGCUGCGAGUAGUCCGAAAUGACUGUGUAUCCGAAAGGUUUGAAGCCUCCUGGAAUCAAAUUAACGAGUCCUCGUCGCCAAACAUGAGCUCAGUUUGAAGGGGAGAAGGGUUUCUCACCACUAAAAUAACAAUUUUGUUUUAAAACGUUUAUCUUCUAUGAAUUUUAUCCUCAAAUUGUGGAAGAGAAAACACAAAGUGUCGCCACAUUUUCAGCAGGUCAGCGGAGCGGCUGUGGAUUGACUCUCCACGGUUCUCAUGAGCUUUAUAAGUCCCGCCUCCUCUCCGAGCAGGAACAGCAGACUGUAACGCGACAGAGAAAGACACAGACAUGGCAGAAGAAGCACCAGCAGCUCCAGCAGUUCCCGCGGCGAAAGCCCCGGCCAAAGCUCCCAAGAAGAAGGCAGCUCCCCGGGCAAAGAGUGACGGACCCUCCCUUCCGAAGCUCAUCCUCGACGCCGUGACAGAAUCCAAGGACCGUAAAGGCACCUCGCUUCCAGCUAUCAAGAAGACGUUAGCCACCAAAGGCAUCGACCUGGAGAAGUCCAACAAACGCAUCAACACCGCGGUGAAGAAGCUGGUGACCGACGGAAAGCUGGUCCAGAAUAAAGGGAUUGGGGCUUCCGGAUCCUUCAAGCUCCCCAAGGCUGCGCCUAAAGCUGCCAAAUCAGGCAAGAAAGCUCCCGUUAAGGUGAAGAAACCCGCUGCCAAGUCCCCGCAGAAGAAAACCGCCGCCAAGAAAACCGCAGUGAAGAAGACCGCAGCCAAGAAAACCGCCGUUAAGAAACCAGCAGCCAAGAAACCAGCGGCCAAGAAGUCUCCUGUGAAGAAAGCUGCUAAGAAGCCAGCAGUGAAAUCUACUCCCAAGAAGGCUGCCCCUAAAAAGGUCGCAAAGAAGAAGACUCCUGUGAAGAAAGCUCCGGCAAAGAAAGCUGCAGCGAAGAAGUCCAAGAAGUAAAGUGGCUCUUUAACCUGCACUCAGUGCACCAAAAGGCUCUUUUAAGAGCCACCACACAUUCACAAGAGAGCUGUUUUCCUACCACAUUCCCAUGUCUGUUUCCAUUGUUUUUUUCCAUCAUUUGUUAUAUCGAAGCACUUUGAUCGAUAUGGAAUGUGCUGGUGAAGAGUAAUUUAAUGUUUACUGUUAGUGUGCCACAUUUAAAAGGGGAAAAAACAAGUGAGUAACGUUACCUCCUCUUACAUUUCAUGAAUCUACCUCUAAAUCUCGUUUAGCUGGAAGGAUAGGCCCUUAAGAUGGAGCAUUACAUUUUCAAUGGGGGUCCUAUAAAUACAAAAUAAUUAAACCUACAAAUCGAACAGUGUUACAAGUUAAAACCGCUUGCUCAUAAACUACCCAGCUGUUUCAAAAGAAUUAGACACAGCAACACAAAUAAUUAAUCAAUGAAUCACCAAAAGAGCAAUUGCAGCCGUUAGUCUUCAGCACAAACUAUACAUUAAAAGCAUGGGGUUGUUUUAAGAUGAGAAAAUAAAGAUGUCCAGAAGCAGUGGUCUUAAGUAGAUCUCAGAGAAAAGGAAAGAUCAUUCCAAUAGGAAAGAGCUUAUUUGAAUGAUCUGCAUCCAACUUCUUUGAAAAUUGGAGGGACAAAGAAACAUGGAUGUUGCAGAUAUGAAGAUCUACAUGGAAACCAAAAAAGAAAGAACAAUUGAAAAUGAAAUAAAUGAAGAUGAACUGAAUAGGUGAAGUUGACUCAGGCUGUGGCCAGUUAAUUUAUUCAAACAAAAGACAAUAUAAUAAACCUUUAAGUCCAUCUAUAUCUCCU